CGCGCGCGCCGCGUCUAACGUUACAACGCCACCGUGUAGUUCUACGCUCCCGCGAUACAAAAACCACGCGCACAUAAUUGUGAAAGUGUUGAAUACAAAACGCGAUUUCACGAGUGAGAGUACUUUACCGCCAACGCCCACCAAAUACCAGCUUCGUAAUAGUUAAGUGGGGGAAAAAUUGUUUCGUAAAUUCUAGAGAGGAGAGGGUUCAAUGGAAGCGAGGUUCGUGACCUGCCGGAGUUUCCAGCAGAUCAAGCCGCCCGAGAAGAGCCUCGCGCAGCCACCCACGGUGAAGGGGCUCUUAUCUCGUUUCGGAAGUCAAGCACAGGCUUUGUUUGCUCCAAAAAAACCCCGUUUCGGGUCUUCAGUAGCGAUACACAAGCUCCGCGAGACCAAGUGGUUUAAGCACGAUGAACAGAACAUAUUGUGUGCUGUCCUCGAGUCUGGAUUCGUAUUGGAAGUGCGAGCAGAGGACCCUCUGCCGCCAGACUCAAGCUUGUCACCAGACUACCAUAUGUACGCCAUUGCCAUGUGGAAAAAGGGUAAAGAAAAAACAAAGAAUGCGGAACAGAUAGAGGUGUAUACUGUACAACAAAAGGGUGUACGUAAACGAGUCGUGAAGACUACACUGAGUGCCUUCUGGAAGAAAGAUUCUGUGAUCCGUAUAAAUAACGUUGAUGACAAACAGGAGACACCAAACAGUGAAAAAGACAUAAGAGCCAAGCUGGAUAUGGCAACAAAAUCAAGGUUCGAGAGGAACUGGCAUAAUACACUACAUUUCGUCCAUUGGUGUCGUUACGGAGAAACUCCGCAAGAGGCUCGUAUGAGACAGAUAAGUGAGUCGCUCAAAUGGGGCAACAUCGGCAUGAACAUGGGCGUGAUGCUUGUCAGUCAAAACCACGCAAGGGAAAAGGCCAAGUCGGUCUGAGUGUCGCAGCCCAGCGGCUCUACCGCUGGACACCACUGUUACACUUGCUUCUGGCCAGCAAGGCCCAGGAACAUCGAUCAUGUUUAAAAUUUUGAAUUUUGAAUACCCUAUCGCUUAGAACAACGUUAGGGUCAAACUUUUUUAUUCAAAUCGAACAGUAACAAGUUCGAAAGGUUCCUUUUUUGAAUAUCAUAUUUAUUUUUCUAUCUUUGAUUCUCAUUUUUUUUCUUAUAUGACAGUAUUCACUUCCUUUGUCUCUCUUUGAUUUGCUCCACUUAUCGUGUCGCUAAAUUCUUAUUAGUAUCUAAAGCUCGCUUGCCAUCGCGUAUGGACAAAAGAUAAAACAUUCCCGAUAUAUUAAAAAGACGCCACACGGCUAGUACUUUAAUCUUCUAUGUAAUGCUCUAAUCUAUUGAUAUUACAAUGUUUAUCUAUAUUUUAUCUUAAAAAUAAUCGAUAAUAAUUAAGAGGAAAUCAUUUUUAUGGUCUGAGAGUGACACCCUAGUCUUAUGAGUAUUUCUUUAACUAUGCUAUGAUUUUUAAUUGAAAGACUGUUUUGAUUUUCUGUGAAAAUUCAUUAUGAUAUGACUACGAAAAAUAUGACAAAACAUAAAUAAAUAAACAGUUUUUUUUUUCGUGGUCGAGAUAUAAACGUUGAUACAGAGUAUUGAAACGUUGUUCAAAGUAUUUUUUUUUUUUUAUUUAUAAACGUACACUAAUUACGACCUAAUGUAAUAUUAUGACAAUCUAUUGACUGUUGUGAGAGUAUUGUACUCGUAAUGUAAAUGUUCUAUUUAUAAUGCAUUUUUUUUUUAUAAAUAAAUGAUUACUUGAUUAUA